AUGUCUUUUCCUGAUUUAUCUGCUGGUAACGUUCCGCCAAUGUAUCCUUUCCAGCCAGACUUCGAAAGCGAUGGAGUAACCCUUGAUAACCAUAUUACCGCGCUUCCUCCACCGAUUCAUAUUUACACUAUACCUGUUCAUCUUCGAGACCUUGUCACUCUUGAUAUAUCUGUCAUCCAUAGUCGAUCUGCCACCACAGCCAAUAUUCGUGAAUUGUUGAAGUGUUUCCAUCAUACGAUUCCUCGAGUUCGCAUGCAAACCAAGCCUCAACUUGUCGACUCCUUCAUCUAUUAUGUGGUCCCCAUCCUCCGCCAACUGCACGUCUUUGACAGAGAACGUGGAAUCAUCUACUCCUUUGAUGUUCCAUUUCAAAUUGAGUUGCAACCGGUGCCGGAGCCCCAAGCUAAUGACGCUGGUGAUGGUGGAUUAAAUCACGGCGAAGCUCAUGGCGCGGCUUAG